AUGUAUAUUCCAAAUACCAGUCAUUGGAUGGAUUACUAUGAAAAUUUAGGAAACAAUGGUAGUAAUCCUUACAUAAAUCAAAUGAAUAAAAGCGGAAAGCAAAUAGGAGGUGGAUCUCUAGUAGGUACACCUAAAUCCUUUAUUACACCAAUCGGACCAGCAAUGAAAGAUUCAACCAAUGAAAAAAUAAAAGUUCAACUUGUUUCACCAGUUCAACAAACAGAGGACAUGGCCCGAGAUAUGGUGAAAAGAGAAAAAGUAAAGAUGGGUAUAAAAAGAAAGUCACAAUCAUCUCGUAACAGUUCUACAAAACGAGCUCUAAAGAGUGGUACAGCUCCAAUCGAAUUCACUAUUGCAGCACAGAAUUCCCUAGAAUAUAUAGAUCUCAGAAAAACUCAACUCUAUGUGCGUGCUAGAAUUAGGCAUUCUGAUGGUUCAGAUUUAAAACCAACUGAAUAUGUUGGACCUGUAAAUAAUUUUUUACAUUCUAUGUUUUCUCAAGUGGAUAUUACUUUGCAAAAUAAACUGGUUACUUCAUCAACUGCACAUUAUCCAUAUAAAGCCAUGAUUCAAACAAUGCUAUCUUUUGGCUCUGAAGCUAAGAAAUCCCAGCUAACCAGUCAACUAUGGAAAAAAGACAACGCAGGUCAUUUUGAUGAUAAUGAUGUGAAGAAUGGUGGCAAUACUGCCCUUUUUGCCCGUUCUCAAUAUUUUUCUCAGAGUCAAACCUGUGACUUAGUUGGGAAUCUUUUUCAUGAUUUGACUAGCUUAGACAGAUACUUAUUGAACCAAAUAACAGUAAAUGUGAAAUUAUGGCGCUCAAAACCAGAGUUUUGUUUAAUGACAAAUGUAGUCAAUCCAAACUUUCAAAUAUAUAUCGAAGACAUUUGUUUAAGAGUCUUCAAGUUAAAACUAAAUCCUAGCGUCAUAACAGCACAUAGUCAUAAAUUGCUCACAACUAAUGCAAAAUAUCCUUACACUAGAACAGAGGUUCGUCUCAUAUCUAUACCAGCAGGAAGUCUUAGUUUCAACUAUAACAACUUGUUUAAUGGUUUGAGAGCUACACGUUGUGUUAUUGGAUUUACAGACUCUAGCAGUUCCAGUGGGUCAUAUGCUUUAAAUCCAUUCAACUUUCAACAUUUUAACUUAAGUCAGAUAGCAUUAAAGCUGAACCAGGUUCCUGUUGGUGGAAACGUUAUGCAGUUAAUUUUUGCCCCUACCAGUCGCACCAUAUUACCUUCUUUUACUAGUAUGUUUGAAGUUACAAAUAAAUGGAUGCGAGAUAGUGGCAUUGAUAUCUCCAGAAAUGAUGUUUCAGGAGGAACUGCUUUAUACUGCUGGGAUAUUGAAGCAAACUUUAGUGAUGAAGGACAGUAUUUAAACUUAGUGAAGCAGGGGACUUGCUCAUUAGAAGUAAUGUUCAGCAAACCACUACCGAAGGCAACAACUUGUGUUGUAUAUGCUGAAUUUCCAGCUUACUUUGAAGUAAAUUUAGAGAGAAAUAUAAUUUUACAAUGA